CCACACUCCUCCUCUGCUCUCUUCUCCAUCCACCAAGAUAGAACGAUCUUUCACUGAACGCUCCCUCGUCAUCCAACGCGCACUCCCUCUCCCAUUUGACGCCCGCCUCGACCUGUUCUUUCGCACACCCUAGAGCCAAAGAUCACAUUUUCGCUUUGCGUUGCACGCUGCCCACUCUCUCGCCACCGGACAGGCAUGCAGCCAUACCGCCCCGCUUCCCCCUUGGAGUCGCCCGCCGAUGUGAAGAAGGAGUCUCACAUCGGCUUCCAGCCCGCUUCUGCUCAAGCCCGCUUGGCUGGUGAUGCCGCUGUGCGUGACUAUGAGGGCAAGCAGCAGAAGUUGUCCGACGCCAUAGAGGCAACCAAAUACCUCGUCGCCGACCUCAAGAACUUCAACCACGAGCACUGGAAAAUUCGCUAUCCUCACUUUGCCCAGGUGCCUGCAACGUCGGGGAGGAAAGCUGCCCGCCCGAGUCUGGGUCGUAGAACUCUCACUUUCGCCGACGAGCCUGCGCAGGAGACUGAGGUGGUCGUGACUUCACAGCAACGGCCAAACCGCCACCAAUUGAAGCGUUCCGUGUCCUUCCUGCCGUCGCCCCAGUCGAGCCCUUCGUCUUCGGUCACCUCCACUCCUACAUCCGAGGAGCCCGACUCUCUUUCGCCGGAGCAGUCUGUGUCGAACGAAGAAUUCACGAUCCUCAACCUCGAUCUUAACCUUGGCGCGACUCGCCACGCGAAGGCUCUCAUUUCGCAGCUUGAGCGUUCAUCUAUUUCUGCCCUCCUUGACAGCCGCCUUCUUGCCACCCUCACUCAUCUUGACUUGCUCCACGCCCGUAUCCACGAUGCGCACUCGCGUGUGCUAGUGACUGGCGACCUCAACGCCGGCAAGUCUACCCUUGUGAAUGCGCUCCUCCGUCGCUCCGAGGUUAUGCCCACCGAUCAGCAGCCGUUGACUACUCGCUUUGUUGAAGUUGUGAGCGCACGCGAGAAUGGCAACAAAGAGGAGAUUCACGUCCUUGAUUCGCCAACUCUAUACAAUCCCGAAGACCCGUCGACAUACAAGGUCAAGCCAAUCCAACAACUUGAGGAGCUAUCCACGGAUCCGGACUGCGAUUCAUCCGCUCCUCCUCUCCGCGUCUUCCUCCGCGAGAAUACUGACACGACUUCGCCGUCCAUCCUUCACAAUGGUGUUGUAGACAUCUCGCUCAUCGACGCUCCUGGCCUGAAUCGUGAUUCGAUCAAGACCACUGCCAACUUUGCGCGUCAGGAAGAAAUCGACGUCGUUGUAUUCGUGGUCUCGGCGGCCAACCACUUCACUCUUUCUGCAAAGGAGUUCAUUUGGCAGGCGAGCCACGAGAAGGCGCAUCUCUUUAUCGUGGUCAAUCGAUUUGAUCAAAUCAAGGACAAGGAGCGCUGCCGCCGUGCAGUCAUGGCACAAAUCAAACAGCUCAGUCUUGAGACCUACGCCGAGGCCAAGGAUCUCGUUCACUUUGUUGACUCUGCUAAGGUUGCCCUUGGCUUCGGCGACGAGGGUGAUGGCGACGACAUCGACGAGACUUUCGCCCACCUGGAGCAUUCUCUUCGCUCCUUCGUCCUAGUCAACCGUGCCAAAUCCAAGCUCGGCCCCGCCCAGAAUUACAUUACUCAUCUGAUGGCGGACGUUGAGCUGCUUGCGGCCGCGAACUCUCUCGUUGCCGUCAAGGAACGUGACGCGGCUCUUCUAGAGGUGGAGCGCGUCAAGCCUGAGCUUGACCGCAUGAAGUCGAGCAAGGAUCUCCUUGAGGAAGGCCUCGUGGCGGAGGAGGAGUCGGCAACCAGCAAGGUCGUCUCUCAGAGCCAGCUUUCGCUUCGCCUUGCCCUCGACCGAGUAGGACGAGGCGAGUACGCCCCUGGCUUGACGGCUCCCGUUUACCCCGGUCUGCUUGGCGCCUGGGACUACGCCGCGGAAGUUCGCAAGGCUCUCCUCGCCUCCCUCGACAUGGCGGUGCGAGAGGUGGAAAACGAUGCUCGCCUCCUUACCGCCGAGACCGUCACUCAUAUCACGGAGAUCGGGGAGAAGCAUCUGCCUUCGGACGGCGAAAAGUGCAGGAGGGUAUUCAACCCUCAGGCCAUGUUCUACAACCCCACGCGCAAGAUUCGUCGGACCUCUGGUCUCCAGAGCGUUGGGCUUGGACUUGCUGGCAAUUCGGCGCUAUCUAGCGUGGUUGUCUCUGACAUCUUUGACCUGCAGCACUUCUUCUUCCUCACCGAAUCGGUGCCGUCUGCCGUCACCGAGAAGAUCUCUCCUUUGCGCGACCUCAUUCCAUUGAGCAAGGAGGUCUCGAGCAUUGGCGCAGCUUCCCUUGCGGUGGGUGCAUUUUCUGUGGUGGGCGGCAAGGCACUGGCUCUGCGCACACUCGUUGAGACCGCCAUCCAUCUCUCUGAUCUCGCCUCCAACCCCGUAGUGCGCAAGUGGGCCGGUCCGGCCAUUGGCAUCCUUGCCGCAGGCGCCGUGGCCUACGUCAUCUAUGAGUUGCCGCGUACCAUUCCCCGCAACGUCGGCCGCAAUCUGCGCUCGCAGCUUCUUGUCACCGCGGGCACCUCGGACGCUCAGGACGAGUCGCCUUUCUUCGAGGCGGAGGCUCAACGAGUUGGGCGGGAAGUGCGCAAGGUUAUGCGUCUUGCAGCCUGGGACCUGCGUGAGCGCUUCCGCAUCGCCAUGGAGGCUCGCAACGAGAUCGUCCGCCAGAGCGAGGAAACUGCUAAGCAGGCUGCUCGCGCACUCGAGUGGUUCGCAGAAAUCGAGGAUCGCGUAGACGCGAUCCGCGACCAACUGGGCCUGAAGCUCUAAUGACGAGAUUGUACAGAGUGAAGAAGGCCAAGGCGGAACCUGUUGACUAGUGUUGUGACUCCUCUUGCGAUGUAAUUUCUCAUGCUACUGA